AUGUCUUCAGAAUCAGAGCCCAACACCCCUUUACAGGUACUCACUCCUGACGGAGACGUGGUUCUUGUCGUCGGUCGCGAGAAAGCGCGAAUUCAAAUUGCUUCCGAGUUCCUAACCCUCGCGUCUCCGGUGUUCGACGCCAUGUUGAACCUCAAGUUCUCAGAGGGCAUCAAGCUCCAUGAGAGGGACAAGUCACCAGUCGACAUCAAACUGCCAGAGGAUGAUGGGCUGGCGACUGCCCAGGCCUCAAAACCUUUAUAUGGAUCAUACCCAGAAAUGCUACUUCUCACACCUGACCAAAUCCAGAAAGUCUCCAUUGUAGUAGACAAGUACGAUAUGUCAGCACGUUUUGCCAUGGCCGGUACAGUCUGGAUGGACUGCGAACCUAUCAAUCUCGAGGAUGCCUGGAAGCUUAUGACAGCUUCUUACUGGCUUGAUCAUCAGGUUGGGUUUCGUCGGAUGAGCGAGUAUGUCAUACGAAAACUCAACCACGCGCAAAUCUUCCGUCUCGCCAACGAGACAUUCGACGUCGCUCUGGGCCUGAAACUAGGCAGCGAGUUUUCAUCAUGA